AUGCGAUUUGCUUGUAGUUCACCAAAAGCAUCUGCAAGCCGAGCUCGCCGAUGUCCGCCAAAGCGCCGGUGGCUGCCUGGAACCGAUUCGACGGAACUUGAGAAGCGCUCGCGCCACCAGAUACAAACUCGAGAGUCAACUGGAAAGCCAAUUGACAUCUUACGAAAAGGAGAUGAUGUCCUCAUGGCUGACUUUAAGUUGUUUCUAUUAAAGGAGAAGUACGACACUAUGAUGAAAACCUUCAGAGAUGAGGAAGCUCAACUGAAAGAGUAUGAAAGCAAAAUAUCAGCCUUGAAGGUCGAGCACGAAGCCGUCUUGGCCGAACAAGAGGCGCAGAAGGUGAGGGAGAGGGAAGCAGCCGAACGCGAAGCCAGGCUAGCGGAAAAUUGCUCGGUGAUUCAGGCUUACUGCAGAGCCUUCCUAACUCGCAGAGAAGCUGCCUUGAAGAGACAAGCAAAGAGGAAGUUGCACUGA